CCGUGCUUAACAGACUGGAAGUCAGCACUUGUAACAGGCGGCCAGUCGCCAUUUUAUCGUGUGGAAGCGAAGUUAGCAAACAAGGUGGAUAGCACGGAACAUUGUACAGCAGGCUGUGAUGUUGACGAUUUGCGAACGUUCUAAUAAAAGUGUGAUGUCCGAUUUUCAGUUUAGAUAACAGUUCGUGAAAUUACUGUCAGUACAUAUUAUUAUUAUUAUUGUGUGUGUAGUGUGGGAGUGUUUUUAUCGAAACAAUGGGUUCGAAAGUGGAAUACGUGGAGUCUUCUCACAUUUAUGCGACGAACUACGUCCGCAACUCAAAAGCUAUUGGCGUGUUGUGGGGCAUUUUCACAAUAUGCUAUGCCAUAAUUGUUGUAGUGGCAUUCGUUACCCCUGAGUGGAUAGGCGACACACUGGAGUCGGAAUAUCCUGGACGCUUCGGCCUGUGGGCGAGGUGCUACUUCCAUAGUUCCUCGGGGGGCGGCGAGGACUGUCAAGGAAGACUAGACGACCUGUCCACUGUGUCCAGCCCAGCAUUUCGGGCUGCUACUGUGUUCGUGGGUCUGUCUGUCAUCCUGGCCCUGCUUGCUAUAUGCUCCAUGCUGCUGUUCUUCUUCUUCCAGUCCACUACCGUGUUCCACGUCUGCGGGUGGAUCCAGGUUGCCUCAGCCGUGUGCCUUGUCGUGGGCGUCGUGACCUACCCUGCCGGGUGGGACUCUAGCGACGUGAAGCGAACUUGUGGCACCUCUGCGGGCCGCUACGAGCUGGGGGAGUGCGGGCUCAGAUGGGCCUGUCUUCUGGCGGUCAUCGGCUGCCUGGACGCCAUCAUCCUAGCGGCUCUCGCCUUCAUCCUGGCAACCCGCCACGUCAGGUUGCAAGCCGAGCCUGGAUACACCGCGAACGGGUCGCUCUACAAGGGUGAAGUGAACGGUGGUUUCGUUGGCGACGCGCAGUCAGUGGCUGGGUCCAGGAAGUCGCUGAACCUCCACCCUGUUUUGCUGAUGCCUCAACCUCACCAUCCGGGCGGCGAGGCUGACCGCUUCUCCGAAUUCUCCAAUCGGACCGGUCGCUCAAAGUCCUCAGCAUACAGGGCCGAAUAUGCAUCUAGCAUACAGAACUUCCAGCUGUGAGAACUUCUGAUAAGCUACAGGGUGUUCACUUUAUAAUGGAACCUUAUCUAACGGAAUUUUCGGCGACAGACUUAGCAGUGACUUGGCCAGGACAUGCCCCUCCUAAUUAUGGGAUGUGUCUGCGGUUCGUAGCUUAAUUUACGAACAGUUUAAGUAUGUUCUGGUUGGUAUUCUUAGGUUAAUUAAUGUAUAUUUUCUUCCCUCGACCCGAAUGUAGAUAGGAAUCAAGCAGAAGGGUAUAGUAAUAUGACACAUUUUGAAUGAGUUUUUCUCACAUGUCUGUCAUAUACUGUACCUUAUUGGCAUGUUGGUCUCUGCUGGAUUCGGCUUCAAGAAUACGUGACAGCUUUGAACUGAGGGAGCGAAAAUGGAAUAACCAUAGUAAAGGACGCAUGUUAUCAACUACUGUGCCUUGUAUUAUAUGCAGUCAGAUUUCUUUAUAAUUUAACCAUUUUGUACUUUUUCCUCCGCCAUACCAAAGCAUGGAACGGAGACAGAAAAACAAAUUGGCAUCCACGCUCUUGUCAUGACUUUCCAGAAAAGAAAACUGUUAUGCAUUAGAGCAUAUUUAGGGGGCGUAUCUUAUAAUCUUCUUGUUAGAUAAAUAGAACACAGUAAUCUCGUUGUUGAUACAACAGAGAUGGGUAAAAAAAUUUUAGAAUUAUUUUUAUCUCCGUAUUAUUGGACCACUCUGUAUGUUAAAAAUGUAGUUUUGGGUAAGAAAUAUGCCCAUGUACAUAUAACUCUCGUAAUUUUCAAAAAUUCAAGUUUAAAUUCCACAUUUUGUAACAAAACAUAUGGCAUGAUGACUAAUGAAGCUUAGAGACAACUGUACUUUUACUUUAUUUCACUGCAGCGCUAGCUUCUCUGUACGAGAGAUGAUACAAGGUUUUGAACUGAACAUUUCAUGAAUUACAUUGACUAUUCCUGUCAGUUGACGUAAUUUUUGACUAACAUUGUGCCCAUCUAGGCCAUGGCACUGUGUAACCUGGUGUUCAGAGUAGAAGUGAUGGAAGCAGUAUGCCCUUUCGAAACACCACGACCACUUACUAGACUAUACUAUACUAGACUAGGCUAGAUGGGUCAUAAUGCAGAAGCUGAUUGUGUGGAUCAUUACCACCGCGAACACUUCAGAUCACAUGAUCUGUAUAUGACACUCUUAUUAGAAGAUGCUUGAAUUUCGGAAUAUUUUUUAAACUCUAAGUAAGUAAAUAAGUAACUAACUACGUCUAGUGAUCUGGUGAUAAUUUUAAGAAUAAUGGAAUUAUGUUUCCACUCUCCCAUAAGUCUUUAUGGCGUGGUACUUAAUUAAGCACAGAGACAACUUUACCCUAACUUUACUUACAUAUUUACAGCGUUUAGUAAGGCUGCCACCCAGUCUGUGUACUGAGUGCCCAAAGUUCGGAAGAUAAGUGAGUAACAAAUGAGUGAAGUGCUUUGAAAUUCCGAGCAGGGACUUUGAUUCUGUGUGACGAGUUAUUCUGGCAGUUGCUAGCAAAUUUGAACUUCAUUUUUGCAGUGACUGUUCCGAACGGUGAAAUGUGUGUGGGAUGUUGUGACAAUAAUACGCUGUCGUGUUUUGUAAAUGUAUAUAUAAUACUGCCCAGAAUGUACGUUAUAACAAUUUGAUACAAUAAAGUUACUAACAUUUUAUACUA